AGCUGUCAGUUGAUCAGCUGUCAAAAUCUUGCAGCAGAUUUUUGUCGAUAUCGAAGUUGAAUAUUGUUUUUUAUAAUUAAAUCUGAUUUGUUCGGCUUUUGUUGCAGCCCAUGGGUGCUUGAUAUUUAUCCGCGCAAAUACACGCCAGUUUGCGAUCACUGCUAUUACCAGACAAAAUGCCAGGCACAAAUCUCAUAGUGCCGGUAGUGUUAUGGGGCAAGCAUGCUCCCACCCACUGCAUCUCCUCCAUCUACCUGUCCCGCGACCAGAAGACACUUGUAACCGGCUGCUAUGACGGUCAGAUCUGCAUCUGGCAGGUGCACCCAGAGACGUUGAAGAUGACACCUAGGUGUUUGCUGGUUGGGCACACCGCUCCGGUUACGUGUUUGUCCAGAGCUUCGAUUAUACAGGAUAACAACUUCAUUGUGAGCUCUUCAGAAGCCGGUGAGAUGUGCACUUGGGAUCUGGUCGAUGGGAAGUGUAGAGAGAGUGUUAAACUGACUCAAGUACACACUAAUAUUCAGGCAUACCACAUGUGCAAUAGUGAUGACCUCAGGCUCUUUUGCAAUGGAUAUUAUGCGGAGAUACUUAUCAUGGAUCCGUUUUCACUCGAGAUUCUGUUCUCGCUCAGCUCCAAAAUGAAUCCUGAUUGGAUAUCUGCGUUACACGUUUUACGCCCGUCAUCUCGUAAAGACGACGUCGUUCUCGCUAUAUCCAUUACUGGGACUGUUAAGGUCUGGUCACUCCUAGGCCACGAGAACAAGCAGUCGGAGCCGAUAUAUGAGAACGAGUCGAAGCAGAUCCGCUGCCUCAACGCUCUGUCUCUUAACUGCUGCGCGUACAACCAAAGAACUGUGCUAAUCGUGUGCGCCAAGUAUUGUCAGAUAUACGACGCAGGCGAUUUCUCAGUCCUCUGUUCGAUACAAGCGCCCCAAGGCGAGCGUUGGAUGUCUGGAGACUUCCUAGCACCGGACCGGAUCCUCGUAUGGUCCACAGAAGGCAAGGGAUAUUUGUACAAACUGCCCGCCAAUUCUGUGCCUGAUCAUAAGGGUUUCCAUGGACCGACUGUUGACCACGAUAGCCCUGUGCUAUACAGCAUUCUGGCUCACACCAAUGAAGAGCUGCUAUCAUGCCCGCCAGCGAUGCGUUUCGUAAUCACCUCCGCCGGAGGCACGAGCCGCCGUCGUCUGUUACGAGGCGACUCGGCCGGCGUGGUAUCAGUAUGGGACGUCGACCAGGCCGCUACGGCCGUGCCUGACCAGAUGCCGACUCAUCCACCAAUAGUGAUGACGAGUCUGGAGAUGGCCUGGGCGGAAAUGAACCCGCAACCCGUCGGGAUCUUGGACCAAUUGAACCAUCCGGAAGACCCGGAAGUGAAGCUAACAGCAUCGAUAUACCUACUAGCAGCCAACCGACUAGUAGUCGGUCGUGACGACGGUUCUAUAGUGAUAGUAAACGCAACGCACACGGUGCAACUGCAGUUGUUGCACGGCACGCACCAGCAGUAUGACGAUUGGACUCGACACCAAGUACUUUUAGGACACAAUGGGAGGGUGAACUGCCUUCUCUACCCCCACCAUAUACACCCUAGAUACGACAAGGCGCACCUCGUCUCCGGAGGCAUAGACUUCGCGGUUUGCCUAUGGGACCUGUUUACUGGCAAUCUACUGCACAGAUUCUGCGUGCAUGCUGGAGAAAUAACGCAGCUUAUCGUGCCGCCCAGUAAUUGUACU